AUUCUUUUUUCAAUUGGAAUUCGCAUUCAACUAGCAACAAGUGUCGAUUCUGAAGAGUUUAUGACAGUAGAGUAAAUGUUUAAAAAAACUGGAAGAAUGAGUUCUGAGGAAGAUGCAGUAUUCCAGUGCUACAAUGGUCGAAUUUUUCAAGUUGUUAAUGGGAAUAAAGUAGCAUAUAUUGGAGGAGGGAUUCUCAGCCUUGAAAGUAAACCACAAGCUGUUUUGGGCAAUCUGAUGGAGGCACUGAGCGAUUCUCUUUGUGGGGUAAAGAUUUGGUAUAAGUUUCCAUAUGAGGAUUUUGCAGAGCUUAAGUUAUUGAGUGAAGAUCAAAAUUUUCAGAAAAUUUGUCUUGCCUCAGUUUGGAUAAAAUCGAUAGAAUUGUUUUUGGAGAAAGAAAACAAUGUCGAAGUUGGAGAUGGGUCUCAUAGUGAUAGAGAUGUUAGUGACGUUGAAGGUGAUAGGGCUGUUAGUGAUGAUGAAGGUGAUAGGGUUGUUGGAGAUGGUGAUAGAGCUGUUAGUGAUGGUGAAGGUGAUAGGGCGUUUGGAGAUGGUGAUAGAGGUGAUAGGGCUGUGAAUCGGGAUUUUGUUGACAUGGAUGCUAGAGUGGAGGAAAACUUAACAGGUUUUGUUGAUGAAGAAGAGCAUGAUAAUUGUGAGGAUACUCCUCCUAACUCAGAUUGCGAGGAUGCUCCAAGAAGGUAUGUAAGGUGCAAGAGAGGUAGUGGAGAUAUUAGAUUAGAGCAAGUAUUUGACAGUAUAUCUGAGUUUAAGGAAGCUGUAAUUGACUAUGCUCUUAAAAAGGGAGAGAAUAUAAAGUUUACAAGAUGGGGAUCAGAGAAAAGUGAAGUGAGGUGUUCUAUUGGAGGGAAUUCCAAAUUCAGAAUUUACUGUGCGUAUGAUGAUGAAAUUGGAAAGUACAUGGUGAAGACAUUCAAUGAUGUCCAUGCUUGUACGACAGACGGGUUUUGCAAAGUACUCAAGAGUGGAAUCAUUGCUCAACUUUUCUUGAAUGACAUUAGGAGAGAUCCAACCUUGAAGCCAAAGGCAAUGCAACAAGCAAUUGAGGAGAGGUACACAAUCGUUGCCACCCCUGACCAGUGCCGGAAAGCUAAAGGAAAAACAUUGAAAAUUAUUUAAGAUGAAUAUGAUGAGCAAUUUGCUCGAAUACAUGAUUACAUGGAACAUCUUUUGGAAUCAAAUCCAAGGUCAACAGUGGAUGUUCAAACAGUUACUGACGAGUCUGGUGUAGUAAAGUUUGACAGGUUUUAUGUAUGCUUUGAAGCUAUUCGGACAACUUGGCUGGCUUAUUGUCGCCCAAUAAUUGGCAUAGAUGGAUGUUUUUUGAAAAACAAUGUGAAAGGACACUCUUGGCAGCUGUUGGAAGAGAUGCCAACAACAAGUUCUACCCGAUUUUUCAGUGUAUUUGCAGUCUUAAUCACAGAGAACCGACCACAUCUGCAAUGUCUUGGGAUUCCUCUUCCAGGUACAGAGAAUCUAUCGCUCACUCCUAUCAAAAUAUUCACAAUUUUCCAAAGAGAUUAAUUUCCUAUCAAAAUACACACAAAGUUCUAAACAAAUGAAAUUAAACACCUUAUAAUCUCGAUUACUCACCUGAAGAAGCUGAUGAAGACAUCUUGAUCAACACUUAUGAAAUCCCCAACUCGAUUACUAAAAUCCCAGAAACCUAACUUUCCCCCUUUCUAAAAUCCCAAAUCGAUUUUUAAAAAUCAAAGGAGGAAGAAGAUGAGACAAACGACGACGUUUAACUCAUUUUUUUGGUUUCUCCCGAAAUUGAAAACGACGUCGUUCGCACGUGGCAUCCACGUAAGCAUCCGUUAACGGAUUCUUAACACCGUUUCGAUUAAGGUAUAGAUUAGCACAAAUUAACGAGUUUAGGUUGUUUAUUAGAUGUUUAGCUUACUCCAAGUAUGAUUGUGCACACCAUAAAAUAUGAGGUAUGAAUUGAACAUAGUACUAUAGGUAAGGUAUGAAAUGGCCGAUUUUCCCCAACAUACGCAUCUAUAUUAAUGGACAUCUGCUUAAUAUCUACUCAAUUAGAUCUUAAGAGUUAGACAUCUGCUUAAUAUCUACGUAGUACGUACCAAGAGAAGUGCUCGAAGAAUGAUUUGCUUAAAACAAAUUAUUUUUUACCAUAAUUAACAAUGAUAGUCUUUCUUUAUUUUUAACUUAAUCUAUAUAUUAUUUCUCACUGAUUAUAACAAGUCUGGUGGCUGAAAAUCAUCACUCGAUUAAUUUUGUAUAUGAAACUUACGUUAAACAUAGUUUAAUGCAAUAUCAUAGUAGAUUGUCAUAAUUUAAAAAUUAUUUUGAUUGUUAGGCAUAUGGAAUAACAAUAAUAGUAAUGUCACUUGGAUUGGGUAGAGAUAUAGGUUCGUAUGAACUCUUACAAAUGGGAUUAUACGAGAUUGGAAUAAAUUAAAGUGGAAUGAGAAGAACAUGCGUAGAUGUCUUCCUCAAAAAGAUCAUCAAAAGCAAAUUGAAGUUGGAAGAUUUGGUUUUUAGCUAUUACAAAUCUUGUAAUCCAAACCAUUUCUCUAUCUUAUGUUCUUUGAAUAAAAUGUAUGAACUAGAGUAUAAUAUCUUUA